AUGAAUCAAUUGGCGAAGCGCACAAUCUUCUCCCUCGCGAGAAAGCCGAUCUGGCAUCUGCCUUCCAGGUCCGCACUCCCCAUUCCACAGCAUGAAGCUGUGGAUGAGGAGAUCUGUCCCGGAUACAGCCCCAAUCACUUUUACUCGGCAAACCCCGGGGACAUUCUUGCUAGUCAUUAUCAAUUACUGGUGAAGAUUGGUUGGGGAACUCGAUCAACAGUCUGGCUAGCUCGAGAUAUCACAAGACUUCGAUGGCAGUCAGAACGAACAGUCGCCCUAAAAAUAAUAAACUCCUGCCGUGAUCGCGAGCCUUACCAUGAAAGAGACAUUGAGGAGCACAUUACACGGCAGAAUCCAUCUCAUCGCGGCCGCGCCAUCGUGCGAACCUGUCUGGAGAGUUUCGAGGUGGCUAGUACAGAAGGAACCCACCUAUGCUUAGCCUAUAAACCAAUGCGCGAGCCUCUCUGGAUUCUACAACGACGUUUCGUUGAUCGGAGACUCCCUCUACCGAUCGUAAAAGCUUACAUAUUUUUCCUCCUGGUUGGCCUCGACUUUCUUCAUUCUGAUUGUGGAGUCGUUCAUACUGAUUUGAAACUAGAUAAUAUUCUUAUGAGUUUUGAAAAUGAAAGUGUUCUUUCCGCAUUUGUUAAACUACAGAUCAACGAAGUACCUAUGCAAUACAAAGUCGACAUAAUGACCGGUCGUACCGUUUACCGCUGCCACAAUGAUUUUGGGGCUCUUGAUUGGACAAACCUUAAGAAUAUGGUACCCAAAAUAGCUGACUUUGGAUUAUCGACACGUCUAAGCUAUGAUUCUCCGAAAAAAGAGGCCGGAGGGGACCAAACUGGCAUAUAUCCCAUACAGCCUGACCACUACCGUGCACCGGAGGUAAUUCUUGGCUGUGGUUGGGAUUCUAAGGCAGAUAUUUGGAAUUUUGGUGUCAUGAUGUGGAAUAUUAUUGAAUGCACAGAGCUAUUUCAGCAAGUCCAUGAUAUGGAUGGUCGAUACGACUCCAAGUCACACCUAGCGGAAAUGAUCGCGCUUCUCGGUCCUCCUCCGGAGAAAUUAAUUGCGAAGGAAAAUGCCAUGGCACAGCACAAUUGGCCUCAUCCUAUCAGUAAUGAAGCCGGUAUUUCCUGCAGCAAUGCACGAGAAUACUUUGAUGGACCUUUCUUCAGUGACGAAGGGAAAUUCCUCUACGAUGACUUGAUUCCCGCCCGAAGUCUAGAAGCUACACUCCCAUCUCUAGAAGAGAAUGAGCGAGAUUCUUUUCUGUCUUUUGUCCGUGGAAUGCUUACCUGGCUCCCAGAGGAGAGGAAAACCGCUCGUCAAUUAAUCGCGCAUCCCUUCCUCAACAUCAAGAAAUGA